AUGUCAUCCAAGAAGGACGGCAAAGGAACUUGUGAACUGAAUAAGCACGACAUCUCCCUCAUCAACGAAAACACCAACUUUUAUGAUCAGCGGGGAGUCACUUUCUCUAUGCUGCAAAAGGUAAAUAAAAAAGUAGUGACAUCUUUAGGCUUGCUAUUCCAGGCUUCCCAAAAAAUUUUUCAGGGUUUUCAUCUAAUUUUAUAUUUCUUUACUUUACGUAUUUCUUUUAUUAAUCAGGGAUGUUUGCUCACAAGCUGCUUCAAUGGAGGUUCUUGUUUGCCUGACAAGGAAAAGCAAACAUUUUCAUGCUCGUGCCUACCACCUUGGACUGGAGACAGAUGUGAAGUUAAAUUUGGUUGUCAGCAAGAUUGGGUUCUUCAUGGAAAUUCAUGUUACUACGUCAGAUGCACUCCGACCGUCAGAUGGAGCGACGCUCGAGGGAUGUGUCAGUGUCUGGGAGGAGACCUCGUUAAAAUCAGAUCAAAAGAUGAGAAUAACUUUAUUCUUGAGCUGUUGAAAAACCAAAAAACGGUACAAAUAGAGGGUGCAUGGCUUGGUCUUUACAGAAAAACUUCGGAUGGAGAUGCGUUUUACUGGAUCGAUGGCACUCCACUAGCGGGUCAUUAUUCUGCAUGGGCAGACAACGAGCCAAAUAGCCGUAAUGAGAAAUGUGUCCAAAUAUAUGCGGCUUCAUAUAAACCUGGAGAGUGGAAUGACAAGCAAUGCAGUUUGCCUGUCUCAGAGCAGAGUAGAGCUCCGGUUGUCCUCUGUCAAAAAAGUCUCAUGCGAUCAUAGUGAAGAGGCGACCAUUUGGUUCUCACCUUACACACAUACUCGCCCCAGAAUUUCACUGGCGGG